AUGCUAGAGAUUCGUUGCUAUGACACAGUGAUAAGGAUUGAUAAACAAUUGCAAAUGCAUCAUACGCGUGAAGCGAUUCAAUGGUUUAUGGACUAUUUGAAUCUGACCAGUGUGCUUCAAGAACGUAACGAUCCAAGUCCUUGGUCUUGGUACGGUUCGAUGUUUUAUGCCGGACAACUUUAUACUACCAUCGGUUAUGGAUUGCCUGUGGCCAAAACUCGUGCUGGACAAAUCGCGAGUAUAUUCUAUAUAAUGUUGGGUAUUCCCAUAUUCUUGAUCAUUCUGAAGGAAGUGGGUCGCCUGCUGUCACGAGCGUUACGAAAGUUCUACAAACGCCUUCGUACGGCCCGUAAUAAACUACCAUCAAAGCGUUUAGCCAGUUUAAGUAUGCCUGUUAAG